ACACGUCCAGCAUGAUCACCGUUUCUCCGUAGCAGCUUCCUCGGUUCUUUCUACUCAUCAGCAUCCGUUCAGCCACGUUCAGAAUCCACAGCAGGCGGGGUAUAUAACCACCGGGGUUGCAGCAGGGAUGGGUUCAACAACUUGCCGCCGCAACUGCCCACUACCGUCACGAUGUCUUCCCCUGUGGACUACUCAUCGUGGUCGCCGGCCUCAACCAGCUCCGACUCACGCUCGGGAUCACCGGUCCAUCCUGCUUCGCUGGUGGAUCCUACGACGCACUCCUCUGCGAUUCUGCAGCUGAUGGGUGUGAAAUUCACGCCGUCCGUCAUAGACUACAUCGUCGAGUGCAUCGCCGACGCGGUCUCGUACGCUCUCAUCCGCGGCUCGCGCAAGCCCUCCCGCUCGCGUCCGUCGCUCCGCGCCACAUCCCUCCCCCUCGACAAAUUCACGCACUUCGUAAAGAUGAUACUCGCCCGCGCGGAAGUGAAACCCGCCGCGGUCCUCGUCGCGCUCGCGUACGUCGCGCGCGCGCGGCCGCAUCUCGCCAUCGCCUCGCCCGAGUGGGCGCUCGAGCGCGUGUUCCUCGGCGCGCUGAUCGUCGCGAGCAAGUACACGCAGGACA